UGCAGUAAAUCGGAUUCCACCACUAGAGUUCUCCCUCUGUUUACCUCUGAGUGUUCACACACAAACCACCAGCCUCCAAACCAGCCGGAAAAUCACUAAUGUGAGCUUUCUGGUGCUCCAUCCUUCAAGGAUUUGUGUGUUAGUGACACCGGAGCAAAAGUGAAGAUGAAUAAGGAAAUCAUGUCCCGCGUGGUGAAGAAGAGGCUGGCGGACCCGAAGGUGGUGCAGUACGUGUGGGCGGCCAUCGAGGUCGUCCGAAACCAGAAACAAAUCGCUAACAUGGACCGGAUCUCCAAGUACCUGAGCCGGAUGUUCGGGAUGCACCCGAAGGAGACGGCGCGGCAGCUGAGCCUGGCGGUGAAGGACGGGCUGGUGGUGGAGACGCUGACCGUCGGAUACAAAGGAUCGAAGGCCGGCAUCGAGCAGGAGGGAUACUGGCUGCCCGGGGACGAGAUGGAGCCGGAAGCAGAGGGAAACAAGCAGGAAUGGGAGGCAGAGAGCCACGACUGGUACUGCUUCGAGUGCCACCUCCCGGGAGACGUGCUCGAGUGUGACAACUGCUUCAGAGUCUACCAUCUCAAGUGUCUGCCGGACGAGUUCAAGCCCAAAGACGGAGGCUCGCACUGGCAGUGUGGCGCCUGCAGGGGCAGUAAAAAGAAGAACCUGAACAAACAGGAGAUGAGUAAAUACCUGCGCUUCAUCGUGCAGCGCAUGAAGGAGAGGGCAGUCGACCUAGCCAAGAAAGGCAAAGACACGAAACACCCCAUGUACAAACGUUUGAUCCACACCGCGCUGGAGGUCUCCAACAUCCACGAGAAUCUGUCUGAAGGAAAGUAUAAAAGCUUCGAUGAGUUCAAAGCCGACGCUCAGCUGAUCGUCCACAACACGGCCAUCCUGUACGGAGUUAACAGCGACCAGGCGGAAAUCGCUCGGCUGCUUUUCAGCGACACAUGCCACGAGGGUAACGCCCUCAACGAGUUGUUGUUGUGUAAAACCUGUUUCUACCUCUCCAACGCAAGGCCAGACAACUGGUUCUGUUACCCCUGUAGUCCUAACAAUGACCUGGUUUGGGCCAAAAUGAAGGGUUUCGGAUACUGGCCGGCCAAAGUCCUCCAGAGAGAAGAAGAGAACCAGGUGGACGUUCGCUUCUUCGGACACCAGCACCAGAGAGCGUGGAUCCCGUCGGACAACAUCCAGGACAUCAAGGUGAAAGUCCAGCAGCUGCAGGUGAAGCGCAGCAGCGGCUGGAAGAAGGCCUGCGAAGAGCUGGAGGUUUACCAGCGCUUCGUGAGAGAGGGACGCUUCUGGAAAACAAAGAUGGAGGAAACCAACAUGGAAACAGAACAACAGCAGCAACAGCAACAACUACUACAACAACAACAACAACAACAACAACAACAACAACAGCAGCAGAACCAGAAGCAGGAAAGUGGAGGAAAGACGGAUCGUUUGGAGCGAACUGAUGAAGCCGAGUCCAGCAUUUCGUCCACCAGCAACGAACAGGUGCGACAUCUCAAAGGCAGCCUGGAGCCCAAGGCCAAGAAAAGCCGUCGAACUCAAAUAGUGGAGCCCAAAGAAGAAGCCAGCAUGUCUCACACAGCCACCAGUGCCUUCUGCCGCUCCAUCAAGCUGCAGUGUGAGCUGUAUCCCUCCCGAGAGGUGGCCAUCUGCCUGGACCCGUACUGCGGCCUGGGCUUCGUGCUCUGGUGCCUCUGCAGUGUGUACUCGGGGCACCAGUCCAUCCUGAUCCCCCCCUCAGAGCUGGAGCUCAACCCCUCCCUCUGGCUGUCGGCCGUCAGUCAGUUCAAGGUCCGAGACACUUUCUGCUCCUACAGCGUCAUGGAGCUCUGCACCAAGGGACUGGGGCUGCAGACUGACUCCCUGAAGGCUCGGGGGUUGGACCUAUCCCGGGUCAGGACCUGUGUGGUCGUAGCGGAGGAGCGUCCUCGCACCGCCCUCACUCAGUCCUUCUCCAAACUCUUCAAGGAUCUGGGCCUCCACCCGCGGGCCGUCAGCACCUCCUUCGGCUGCCGGGUCAACCUCGCCAUCUGCCUGCAGCCUCACAGGCUGGGGAAGUUUUCGGAUCAGGGUACCUCAGGACCCGACCCCACCACCGUGUUCGUUGACAUGAGAGCGCUACGACAUGACAGGGUCAGACUAGUGGAGCGGGGGUCUCCUCACAGCCUUCCUCUCAUGGAGUCUGGGAAGAUCCUGCCGGGGGUCCGGAUCAUCAUCGCCAACCCGGAGACCAAAGGACCAAUGGGAGAGUCGCAUCUGGGAGAGAUCUGGGUGCAGAGCGGCCAUAACUCCAGCGGGUACUUCACGGUGUACGGAGACGAGGCGCUGCAGUCCGACCACUUCAACUCCAGGCUGAGCUUCGGAGACACGCAGACCCUCUGGGCUCGAACCGGGUAUCUGGGGUUCCUGCGGCGCACCGAGCUGACGGACGCCAGCGGGGAGCGUCACGAUGCUCUGUACGUGGUCGGAGCUCUGGAGGAGGCCAUGGAGCUCAGAGGGAUGCGUUACCAUCCCAUCGACAUCGAGACCUCCGUCAUCCGGACGCACAAGAGCAUCACCGAGUGCGCGGUGUUCACCUGGACCAACCUGCUGGUGGUGGUGGUGGAGCUGGACGGAUCGGAGCACGAGGCUCUGGAUCUCGUGCCCCUGGUAACCAACGUGGUUCUGGAGGAGCACUACCUGAUCGUAGGCGUUGUCGUGGUCGUGGACAUCGGCGUCAUCCCCAUCAACUCCCGUGGCGAAAAGCAGCGAAUGCACCUCCGCGACGGAUUCCUAGCCGACCAGCUGGAUCCCAUAUAUGUGGCGUACAACAUGUAGCACCCCCUGGUGGACAACAUGGAGGCGGAGGAAAGGAAAAAUAAGUUCUGCCCCAGAGACUGAAACUAUAAAAAACCGGAGUCAGACUUUUUUUCACGCUGAUUCGUCGCUACGUGCUGCUGCCAACUUAGCUCCCGAAAAUCAAGUGGUUGUGUUGUAUUUGCGCUCAGGCCGUGCUUUUAUUUUGAAGGAUGCAAAAAUGUGCAGCAAACUCCAUUCAAAGCAAGAAAGUUCUUUCCUUUUUUUACCCGAAAUAAGUGUCAAUCCUGGAGGCGGAGAAGAGAACAAUCGCUAACGAAGAUUCUGGUUUUUAAAUUGCGUUCGAUUCAAGUAUUUUUUCUUUAAACAUAAAAAAAGUUCAAGCUAUUUUUUGAUAUUUACACAAAAACAAACAUCCGUGGCAUAGAUGAUAUUUUAUCAAAUCACAGAGAGCGGGUAUGUUUUGAUACGAAGGUCGGGUCGUAGCGAACUUUACGAUGAGGUACGACACGCUUGAUUCAUGCUAGCUUGUUGUUUUUGUUUGUUUUGUAAACGUUACUUUGUUUAUUAUUUUCCGAACCGUCCGUCCCGUUUCAGCGGGAGGUCAGUGUGCUAAUAGCUGCAGCCUUUAACUCCAGUUACUGUUCAACAACACAUCAUUUCAUAUCAUGUAAGUAUGUACAAAAAGAAACUGAUUUAAUUUAUUUUGUUUCUCUUUUAGAAGUUUACGAUGAGACAUUCAAGAAUGUUUUGCUCUUGAAUAUUUGCUAUUAUUACAAAAAAACACCUAAAAAGCAUUGUAUUAUCUGGAGGGAAACACACUCAUGGACGGGGAAAUAGAAAUAUAUAUAAUUAUAGAUUAUAUUAAACGUUAGGGAUUCACAGAAUAAAGACACAGGUCGAACUGCAUGUUGGUCUGAGAUGUUUAAAUCAGUGAAAUUAGACAUUUUCAGGAGUUUUAUUCCACAUGAAGAAAUCUGAACCAACUCUUGUAUUAUAUUAAGUCUGUAGAAGUUCAGUUUUUUACAAUAAAAAGUAGGAAAUAUAUGAAAAAUCAUCCUUGCCCUUAAAUGACAAAUACCAGUGUUUACAGCCCAGCCCAAAAAAAUAAGUGCCAUUGUAUUUUAAACCUUUUAAAAUAUGUUGUAUGUAUGAAUUUAUAAUCCAAAACAUCAGAGAAAAAAUUGAAAUAUUCUUCUCCCUCCAUUUUGACUCCGUAACACAGUGACAUCACUAAAAACACCUCUAUAACUAAAAUAAGAAUAAGUGCCGUUUUCAAAGAAGAGACAUGUUUUGAUGGCAGAGGAAUAUGAUAGUAAUGUCACUUUUCAGAUAUUAUAUUUUUGGAUCAGAACUCUUCAUAUGUCGCGUUCAUCAGGGAGCAAAUGCCAUCUCUAAAAUGAAACUCCUCCAUUCAAACAGACCAACAUGCAGAACAGGAUUCAUUUAGGAACAUUACAAUAAAGAAUCCUCAGCAACUCUUCAGAGGGACGGCAGGAAGGCGAGCAGCCGCUACGAUUGUAAAUAUCGAAAAAGUCAAAAGUCCGUCAUAUUUUUUACACGGACCGAUCAAUCAGGGCUCGAACUGAGAUGUCACGGCAGGACAUACAAGACUGAAAACAGGAAGUGGAGAGCGGAGAGAGGUUUCGCAGGAAAUACGAGAAUGUUCUAGUUUCAACACGAGAAAAAAAAAGCACUUUCUUCACCGUUUGUUUCUUUCUUUUAUCAGCGAGAUGUAUGUCGUCGUCCCCCCCAGUAUGUUUUUUUUAAAGGUUUUAAAAAUGUCUUAUUUGAGUUGACAUGAAGUCUUUCAAUUAAAUAAAUAUUUCAACGAUUUUGACAAUAAAAAA